UUCACAAAACUAGGUUAGAAAUUAAAUGUCGCCACUUUGCCCUAGCCCACUCUCAGCAUUCUCUCCUACAGCUGCGAGACCCGAAUAUUAAUGCCUAACUAUACUUUUAACCCCAACUUGCCCUAACUCGUCGGGGACAUCCCGCGUCUUGUGUGUAGAUACACCAUGAAGAGAGAGAUUUACGGGAAUAUUUUGUUUAAAAUGAAUAUAAUAUAUUUAAAUUAAAUACUUAUUUAAAUAGCACUUUAUAAAUAAAAUAACUUCAUUACCUAUUACAUGUCUGCAAUAUUCUUAUUUAUUUAUAGGCAGACAUUAAUUUGUAACAUCUAAUAAUAUGGCAAAGGAAUAUCUCAGGUUGUACAUCCCAAACACCCCCUCCUUGAUUUUGUGCGUUAUAGAAAACGAGGACCAAGAAACACUAACAAAAAAAUGUUCUUCAUAUAGAAUAAAUAACUACCUAUAUAAUUUCUAAAUCUAAAAUUUAAUAUAACUACUUAACAGUUUUUAAACAUUUCAAUGGUAGGUUCAGCUUAAAAGUACCUAUUCUUUUAACUUUAGAUUCUUCCGAUAUGUAGGUAAAAUAAUUUCUGCAUUAAGUUGUUUUUAAACGUAGGAUUAAAACGAAAUACCGAAAUACGUGAGAAAUAAUGAAAAGUUUGCGAUUAUUCCUACGCGUUAAUUCCUAUAUGUGUGUCACCGAUGGAGAGCCGAAUAAGUUUGUGUGUAUGUGUGUCCUAUCACAUUAGUUGUUCCUUUCUAUUCUUAUGGUGUCACCAGUUUUACAUUCUCCUUCUCAUGGUCGCCCUAGUGAUGCUCCACUUUUUAGUUCUUCCUUUAAAUUCGAAUGGAACUUGUCAUGAAAUAUUCGCGCCAUUUUAUGUUACAGAUCCUAUUUCAAAAAUACUUUGGUUUGUUUGGGAAUAAAUCCAGGAGUCCGUAUUGUUUUUCGGUGUUUUUCAGACUUGAAAGGGAAGUUUUAUGUUGUUCUCCUGUUUUUUAUUUGAUUGACAAAUUGUAUGGAAGUCUUAUUGACUUUGUAUAGUCAGCAAUUUAGUUUUAACACCGUUCUAAUAUUCUCUUUCAUUUCUGAUUUACCAAGUAACAUUCUUAAUUUCUUGUUUUCAUAAUCACUUUUCUUAAUACUGCUUGGUAUCAAUUUAAAAAAUAAAACCAUAAUCUAUUUAUUAUUAAUGAAUGAGAAUAAGUAGUACUUUUUACCUAUGCUUCAAAUUAUGUCAUUAAUUGUUAAUUACUUAAUCAUUGCCUAGUCUUCCAUCUGGCUUUAUUAUUUACUAGCUGUACCCAGCGGUGUCACUCGCGGUUUAUCAUACUUUGUAAUUUUGUAAACUGCAAAUGCAAAUUUUUUCUUAUGUAAGGAUGCCGAGAACCUGUAAAGUGGAGGAGAAAAAGCUGGAAAACGGAGACUGGGUUCCGAUGCUGUAUGGUGGCAGUAGCAACUGGAAAAAACGCUAACUUGAAAGAGAGAGAUGACAAAGAAGAAGAUGGAAACUACUCAUCUAUAAUGGUUUUACUAUAUAACAGUAAUGCAAAAAAAAUAUGAGAAAAACCCAUAAUCCGUUAUAUUUAUUAUCCACUUACGAACACGAUUUCUUUUAUACGUAAGUAGUUAUCCUAAAAUUGAAUAGCCGAUGGGCGAAAUUAAAGAAAUUAACCUUACAUGCGUAAGUAUAUAAUUAUGAAAAUACUGUCGUUCACGAAGGCGAAGGAAAAAGUAUAUAAUAGUAAUAUUAAAACUCCAAGCUCGAUAACGUGACAGUCUGUGGAAUAAAAUAAGCAAAUACAGCAUUCAUUGCUACUUAGUCAUGGAAGACCUGGAUUUGAAAACUUUAAAGGAGAUUUACCCACAAAAGUAUUUCUAUAAACUAUUAUGCAGAUGUCUUUAUUUUUUCGGCUGCGGCGACUUCUGGUACGAACAGAAAGGAAAAUCCACUAUAAAGAAGAAUUUAUACGCUUUUUGGGCUGGUUUAUCAAACAUUUACCUAGUAGUGGUGAUUUUAAAUGAAUUUUUGGCAUACACCAGAACUGAUUUGCUUGAAAAAGAGAAGAAUGACCUGAUGCAGCACACGUUUGCGCAUCCUGCCGUUUGGAGCAAAAUUGCCAUAUUGAUGUUUAGGAAAAAGCGAGUUAUGCUAGUGUUGAAGAGAUUUUUCGAGGAGACGAGGUCUAUAUAUUCCUCCAAUGCUAUCGACAAAGCCGCUUUGUCCAAGAGCUUCAAGUAUUGUUUUGCUCUGGGGUUCGUGUGCUGGUCAACUCUUUGCACGGCGGAGAUAGACGGAGUCAGAGCGCAUUUCAAAGAAGGUAUACCAAUCAGGACAGAAGUGACAUACUUCCCCACGCGGUCGAACUCUGGAGUCUUCAUCAACAUCCUACGAUUCUUCAUGGACUUUCACUGGUUUUACUUGGUCGCUAUUAUGUUGAUCGUGGAUUUCCUUGCGAUUUCUUCCUUGAUCUUCACCGAAGCAAAGUUCAAACUUCUUCAAUUGUACUUCAAGGAUUUAGAGAAAUUGUUUAACGAUAAGACUAAGAGUAAAAAGGAACAAGAUGAGGAUUUCAAGGAACGGUUCAUUGAAGGCAUCAGGCUACAUGAAGAUGCCUUGUGGAGCGCCAAAAAUAUCCAGUCCUCUUUGGGGAGCAUCUACAGCAUUCAAAUAUUCGAAAGCCUCAGUCUUCUCACAAUCUGUCUCAUCAAGCUCGUUACAAGUGAGCGGAUUUUAGUACUUUUGAUCGCCAAUUUUGCUUACAUCAUUUGUGUCAUUGUUCUGACUGGAACUUAUAUGACGGCUGGUGGUGAUAUAACCUAUGAAGCAUCUAGGCUGUCGACAGCGAUAUUCCACUGUGGCUGGGAGAUCUGCCAGAAGAAAUCUGAACUGCGUCCUCUGGCCGUGCUGGCGAUACAGAGGAGUCAGGUUCCGGUGUACAUGACCGCUUUCGACAUCAUAGAGUUGUCGUACGUCAACUAUAUAUCGGUAUUGCGGUCAUCGUAUUCCUUCUUCGCAGUUAUGUAUUAAAGAAGGACUUCAGUUUACCUUCAAAGUGUUGUUUUUUGAUUCCGAAUUCGACAUUAAUAGAAUAUUUGAAUGCAAUGGCGUUUUAUUUGUUACUAAUGUUUAUUUAUCUAUAAGAAAAUUGCCUGUCAAAAGUAUCUUACCUAGUAGUAAUGGGCUAAACCUUUACUUGUACUUAUUCGCUUGUUCUUCUACCAACAUCGAAAUAGUAAAUUCUUACGGGGUAUCAACUAUAACGUAGAUUUUCGGUAUUAUUAUAUGCUGGCUGGUAUAAAAGUUAAAAUAAAAACCAA